GGACUGCAAAGUAUUGCGGCUCAACAAGUGGCUUGUGGAUAGAGUUCAGCAGAAGUUAGGCAAACAGCUAUGAUUGAGGAGCUUUUCGCCCCCUUUUUACUUUAGUUUGUUUGAGAAUUUGUUCUUCAUGUUUUGACACAUCGUGGAGUUCUUUCCUCAGUGCUGCUUUUUGGCGUUUCAUUCGGCCACACAAUCCCGGCUGUAAAGAGACUUCACCUGCGCCGGAUUUGUUUGACCUGAUUAGGUUCGGUUGGACACUUUUAAUUGGCUGCCUUACACAUUGAGCGCUUGAAACUCAAAGUGUGUAGUGGCACGAUGUACAGCAUGAUGGAGUAUGAAAUGAAGACCACGGGUCAACCUCAUCCCCACCACAACAGUCCAGGGAUGGCUCCUCCGGUCAGCGGGGUUGGAAACGCGCACCACGGAUCAAAAACCUCAUGUCCACCCGGCGGGGACCCCAUGGACAAAGUGAAGCGCCCCAUGAAUGCGUUUAUGGUGUGGUCCCGGGGUCAGCGGAGAAAGAUGGCACAGGAGAACCCCAAAAUGCACAACUCGGAGAUAAGCAAACGCCUCGGGGCGGAAUGGAAACUUUUAACGGACACGGAGAAGCGGCCGUUCAUCGAUGAGGCCAAACGGUUGCGGGCCGUACACAUGAAGGACUACCCCGACUACAAAUACAAACCUCGGCGUAAGACCAAAGCUCUCCUCAGGAAGGAUAACCCCGUCGGUAAAUAUCCUCUCGGAGCCGGCAGCCUGCUGGCAUCAGCCGUGGCACAGGGACAAGGCGGGAGCCCGAGAAUGGAAGGCUAUGGCUGGGGUCACACCGGCGCUUAUAUGGGAAUGCAGGGUGAAGCGCUCGGAUACCCGCAACAACUGCACCGGUACGAGCUGUCAGCUCUCCAGUACCCGCCGGCACAGACCUACAUGAACGGAGCCAGCUCUUACAGCCAAAUGUCAUAUAGCGGCAGCCCUCAGCAGCCCAGUCCAGUGAUGUCUAUGGUUAAACCGGAACCACUAUCCCAUUCGCCCACUGGCCACCACCGUGGGGCUUUCCAAGGGGACCUGAGGGACAUGAUUAGCAUGUACAUUCCAGGUGGUGAUGCCAGUGAUAGCUCAAACCAGAGAACCUACCCUGGUGUCCAACAGCACUAUCUUGGUGGAACCAUUCCCCUCACUCAUAUCUGAAGGGAAUGCUCCCUGAACUCCUAUUAGUUGGACCCUUAUUGGGACCGUAGUGCUACAAAUAGACUGUAUGGAUUACUGAACACUUCUGAUUGUUUACUACCUCCUGGCUGUGAAUGAUCUGAAGUUGUCUGUUGAACCUGUAUAGCUAAUUUAGCUGUUUCAGUCUCUUGUUUUCUGUCUUUGCUGUCACACAAUGACCAGGCAUAACUACUUCUCAUCACAUUAAGGUCAAGUCAACCGUUUUCUGUAUUCCAGAUAUUCUUGCACAGCCAUCCUCUUUAUUCCACCAAUAGAUUUUUUUCUUUUUCUACAAGUAUUCUUUUGUGCUCUGUGCAAUGUUUAGAACAUGUGUUGUUCAUGCAGCACUGGGCAAUCAUUAUUCAAAGUCUUAAGUGGGGCACAAAAUGGGGCGAAACCGCAUUUUGGGAACUUUAAAAAACAGGUCAGCUAAUGAUGAUCGCAAUGGCCAGUGAUGGUAUAUGUGACCUUGAGGAGAGUAAAAAUGUAGUUUUUUGAACCCGGUUUUCCCCAGAUGUAUGCUCAACUGGCUCAGCACAUGGAAUAACUGAGUAAUGGGUUAAGUUUACCUUUUAAGUGUCUCUUUAAAUUUGGGCAAUGAUAUAGUAAAGUGUUUUGGAAUAUCUCAGGGCUUUCUUGAAAUAAAUAGCAGGACAUGACCAUAUAGAUCAGCUUUAACUUUUACUUCAUAUAAUUAGAAAUCUUUGGAACUGUUCCUCAAUUUGUAAUUGAGGGGAGAAAAAAGUAAUUGUCACAAUCUGCUUUUUCCUACUUUUAAUAAUAGCUGUAAAUUCAUAUGUACCAUACCAGUGUGCACAUGCAUUUGUGAACUAACUUUUUUGUUUAUAGUCCUUUUUUGUUUGCACUCCUGUAAAUGGUGAAUUUUUGCCAUAUUUAUAGCUUGCUAAAUGUUUAGUUUGUCUGGCUUAGCAUUCCAGCUUUUCCCUCUUAUGGGUCAAACUUCGUUGCACUGAUCUUUGCUGUCAGUCAAUGCACUUCGUUAGACUAGGAGGUUAUCGACUAAUCACCUGGUCAUUCUUAUUCUACCACAGCAUUAAGUCUGCCUCUGCCAUUACAGUAUGGUUGACCAGUGAGUUCAGUGCACUUGACUGAAUAUUUCUUUUGGUGGCUAUUUUUUUUUUUUUUUUUUUUUUUUUUUUUUUUAUAAUAUACCCCCCACAGUGACCUUGGUCCUCUGUCAACAAAAUGCAAAGUUAUGUCAGUCUUGAGGUUUGUUUUGAACUCAAACUGUGCAAGUGGCAUUUUGUGGCAGUCAAAAAUUUAAGUUUGUCAGUCCUUUGCCACAAAGCUUGGUUAGCUAGUUACUAAUGUUUUGGUUAAUUAAAUGAUUUUAAGCACAAUGAAAAGUUUACAUUGCCAUUGAAGUGAGUUUGCAGCUUGCUGUUUAAAUUUUCUUUAAAAAAAUGGUUUUAAUGUUGGUUGUAAAUACCUUUUUGUACAGGUGUUUUUGUGGCUCUUAUAAGGGCCAUUCUUGCAGAAUAAAAAAUGAAAACACAA